AUGACGCCGCAGGAUCCGCUGUGCCUCGGCCGGGUGGUCGGUGAUGUGUUGCAUCCAUUCACCAGGUCCGUCUCUCUCAGGGUGGAGUACAGCAAUAAGCUUGUCGUCAACGGCGGCGGGUUCAAGCCCUCUGCCGUUGUCCGACGUCCUCGCGUGGAGAUCGGCGGCGCUGAUAUGAGGACUUUUUACACUCUCGUACUCUCUCUCUCUCUCUCUCUCUCUCUCUCUCUCUCUCUCUCUCUCUCUCUCUCUCUCUCUCUCUCUCUCGCUCUCUCUCUCUCUCUCUCUCUCUCUCUCUCUCUCUCUCUUUCUCUCAGUCGCACACGCACACGCGGUGUGGAUUCCUCGUUUGUUUUCCCAGGUGAUGGUGGACCCAGACGUGCCGAGCCCCAGCAACCCUACGCUAAGAGAGUAUUUGCACUGGUGAGGACUAAUACAAGUGAGAAAAUGAGAUCGAAUACCCUGUAUUCGGAGAAAUCCUAUCGGUCACUAAAUCAUUCAAAAAGUUGAUAAUAUUAAGAGUAAUCAUUUCUUUAAUUUUUUGUCAAAUAUAUAUAAGGUAAUGAAAAAUUCGGCCGUUAUUUCCGAAUUAUCUGGGUCGAAUUAUGCGAUCCAUGAACCCCUUUGCUUAGUAUAAUUCAUAAGGUUUGAGCCAGAUUUGACCAAAAUUGUGAUAAAUACCAUAUGGCAAGAGAUCAAAUUUUAUUCCAUCAUGUAGUCUCGAAUAAGUUGCACAUCGGCACUUUAUUAACUGACGAUUUUCCUUGUUGGUUAUCUCUACGACAGGUUAGUGGCUGACAUACCAGCAACAACUACUGUCGAUUUUGGUGAGCCAACGCUUUACAAUUUUGUUAUAUAAAGCGUUUCAUGUAUAGCUAUGUUUUUCAUGUAUAGCUAGGCUUUUCAUGUAUAGUCAGGCUUUUUAUUUGUCUCUAAAAAUUUCAUGUAUAGCACUUUUCGUCUAAAAAUUGACCGUUAGCUUGAUUAUAUUUGGUAACUUGACGCCGAAAAAUUCUUGGCAAUCACUAUUUUUGGGUCAUUGCAUGGGUGCCUUAAAUAUCACAUCUAUGCUAAUUUCACGUUUAAUAAUUGAUAGUUCAGCUUCCAUUAAACCGUAUAGGGGGUCAAAUUUGGCGAUCUAUAUUUUACGAAGUAACCUUUUGAGGAUUUCACAAUGAAUGAAAUUCUCAAACUCAGUUGACGAUGUCAAGUCUUCUACACUGUGCUCCGUCUCUUUUUAGCCUUGCAAAAGAUGAUGCUGGUUUAUAAUAUCUGAACCAUUUGUGUAAUAUUAGAUAACUUGAGCCAAAACUCCUCACCUAUCAUUAUUUAUGUGGAUCAGAAUGAUGAUACAUUUAUUACUCUACGUUUACUAAAUUCAUGUUUAACAACUGAUAAUUCGUCUUUUAUAUAGUGAUAUACUCAAUCAAAACUUUCUUCAAGAAUGGUGAGCUUUGCUUUUUCAACUUACCCUUUUGAAGAUAGUCACUACAUAAAGGUCAUUCUAAAGAUCAAAGUGUCAAGACUCGUCCAUUCUCUCUCUCUCUCUCUCUCUCUCUCUCUCUCUCUCUCUCUCUCUCUCUCUCUCUCUCUCUAUUUCUAGCUUUGCGGAAGCUAAUCCUCACCCCAGAAUUGUACGCGAAAUAUGUUAUUUACGAUAACUUACACGAAAGUUCUUAAUCAUCAACAUUUGUAUAGUCAGUAGGGUACUACUUUCUCCACAGAUAAUAAUUCCAUGUAGAGUAGCUGAUAAUCCAUAUGUAUGCUAAUUACCAUCCCCCUCUCCUCCCCACUCAAUCAAAACCCACGUCAAAUGUGAACGGGAUUCUCUAACUUAGAUAAACGUGGUUAUAAAUUUCAGCCGCUGAGCACUAAGUGUCAUCCAUUCUUUUCAGGGAAAGAACUGCUGUGCUAUGAAAGCCCUAGACCCACUGCGGGGAUUCAUCGCCUUAGUCUUUGCGUUGUUUCAACAGCUCGGUAGGAACACCGUCUUUCCUCCCACAUUCCGCCACCACUUCAACACCGGCGACUUCGCCCAGCAGUACAACCUGGGAUCGCCGGUGGCCGCUCUCUACUUCAACUGCCAGAGGGAAGGGGGAUCCGGUGGAAGGCGAUUCAUGUAG